CAUAGUCAUACGACGUUUUUCUACCUUUGGAUCAAAAUUGGAAGCAAGUGAGUUUUCUAUUUGAGAAGCUCCUGUCUAUGAGAUUGUGUGGGUCUCAUGAGGAGGUCACCAAGUGGUGACUUUAGGUGGCAGCCUUCAAAGGAGCUAUUGAUAGCUUGGAAAGUUAUUGACCCCUAAAAAAGAGCUUUGUGACUAUAUGUUCAAACAGGGAGAAAAAUAUUUAAUUUGCACUGCGGAACUAUAAAUGAAAUAAUAUGAAAUACCAUUUUACAUGGUAUUUAGUCUCAGAAAUAAGGUAAAUAAAGAAGUGGCUACAGGUUUUGGAUGUACACAGCCUUAACAGCUUCCCUGCAUAUGUGCUGUUAGCGUCCACUUGUUUGAGAACAUUCUGUCUGGUUGCUGGGAAGUUGCCAUGGCCACAUUCUGUUUUGGAGUCCUAGAGUUAGUGCCAGCUUGAGACACACGCUUGGGAGAGCAGUGUGUCCCGACGCCACUCUCAGAUGGAGCAGAGGGCUCUGAGGAAACUCGUGGACCCCAUCAGUAAAACUGUCAAAAGCUUCAAGAAGAGUGAAGUUGAAUGUCUCAUACGACUUUUCUACAACUUGCUGGAAAGACCUGUUGGCAAGCUUACUACUAAAGGGAUGGACCAAAACACGUUUCGAGGGGUCCUACACAACAUAUUCGGCAUGACUGAUGACAUGUUGAUGAAUAGGGUGUUCUUUGUAUUUGACAAAGACAGUGAUAACUAUGUAAGUGUACAGGAGUGGGUGAAAGGAUUAUCAGUGUUUCUCCGAGGCGCUUUUGAAGAGAAGAUGAAAUUCUGCUUUGAAGUUUAUUAUUUACAUGGGGAAUGUUAUAUUUCCCGGGAAAAAAUUUUUGACAUGUUGAAGAACAGUCUCUCCCAGCAGUCUCCUGAAGAAGAGAAUGAUGAAGGGGUAAAGGAGCUGGUAGACAUAAGCCUGAAGAAAAUGGAUUAUGACAACGAUGGCAAGAUCUCUUUUGCAGACUUUGAAAAAGCAGUGAAAAAAGACAGACUUUUAUUGGAGGUGUUUGGACCAUGUUUACCAGAUGCAAAGACUUGCCUUCACUUUGAAACCCUGGUAUUCAAAAACAACCCACCUGCUAGCUUUUGAAGACAAACUGCUCAAUACUUGAAUUAAAGUCAGAUCCUAGUUGCC